GUUACAAGUAUCCCUCCCUAGUCCUGAAAUAUGAUCCUCACUCUCUGCACGGCAAUAGGAGAGGAUCCUAGUUCGUCUAGUAUCCUGUGUGUAUAUAUGGGCUGUAACACUGAGAAUUGUGAACCCACGCCAAACAAAGACCUCUCUCUCUCUCUCUCUCUCUUUAAAAAUGGUGAGCUUGAAGGGUUCUUACAUAGUGAAACCAGCGGAGCAGACACCAAAUGGUGUCAUGUGUUUAUCAGAUUGUGACCAGUAUAAAGCCAUUACUCAUGCACCAACAGUAUACUUCUAUAGACCCACCCCAAAGUUUGAUGAUAAAGCUCCCCCAAUAGACAUCCUGAGAGACUCUCUCAGCAAAAUACUAGUUCUCUUCUAUCCGCUCGCUGGCCGCUUGCAUUGGAUCAGUGGCGGAGGCCGUCUCGAGCUCAACUGCAACUCCAUGGGAGCUCUGCUUCUCGAAGCAGAGUCCGAAGCCAAAAUCGACGACUUCGGUGACUUCUCUCCAACUCCACAGAUGAAGGCCCUCAUACCAUCGGCAGACUAUAACUUGCCAAUUCAUGAACUGCCUUUAGUUUUGGUGCAACUCACCAAGUUCAGCUGCGGUGGCAUUAGUAUCGGCAUGGGGAUAUCCCAUAUCAUGGUUGAUGGCCCCAGUGCAUUCCACUUUGUCGGCCAGUGGGCCAAAAUCGCUCGCGGCGAGCAAUCAGACGAUCCUCCGUUUCUUGAUCGCUCCGUAUUACUAGCCAAGGAAUUUUCGGCUCCACCAAGUUUUGAUCGCGUAGAGUUCAAUCCGCAUCCGCUCUUGAUUGGUCACUCUAAUAACUUGGAGGAACGAAAGAAGGAAACUUCGGAGGCCAUGCUGAAGCUGAGCAAAGACCAAAUCGACAAAUUGAAGAACAGAGCAAAUGAAGGUCAGAGUAGCGACAAGAAUGGCCGCCGCUAUAGCCGCUAUGAAGCUGUUGCAGGGCAUAUGUGGAAGUGCGCAUGCAGGGCUCGGAAACUCGAAAGCCAGCAGCAAACAAGGCUAGAUGUUGCCGUAGAUUUGCGGAACCGCUUGGAACCACCAUUGCCAAAGUUGUACUUUGGAAAUGCAGUCACUCGGGCAGCAGCCUUGGCCAUAUCGGGGGAGAUUGUGUCGAAGCCAUUGUGUUAUGCUUCGAAUAAGAUUAGAGAAGCAAUUGACAAGAUGAGUGAUGAGUAUCUGAGAUCAUAUCUUGCAUUUGUGAGGAGCCAAGAGGAUUUGUCUAGGUACCGUAAUUUUCACACAGUUGGGUGCACCCAAGGGGCUUUCUAUGGGAACCCAAACCUUGAGAUCACGAGUUGGGCAACUCUGCCAGUCUAUGGUGCUGAUUUCGGGUGGGGAAAGGAGAUUCAUAUGGGACCUGGAGCAAUGGGUUAUGAUGGCAAGUCCUUUAUACUACCCGGUCACGACGAAGAUGGAUCCUUUAUCAUUCCAUUGCGGUUGCAGGUGGCUCAUAUGGAUGCUUUUAGGAAGUUCUUUUAUGAAGAUAUCUAAUUAACAGUCAUCUUUGAUUAGGAGGAGAGACUUCGACAUCACACUUUCUUUGAAUCCAGUAUAUGGUAAGAGCCUAUCAUUGUACUUUCUCCUUCUCUAGAAGGGGGUUAAUAAUUGGGUUUUGGGUCUGGAAGCAAAUGACUGUUUGUCAUGUUCUGUAUUUCAGAAGCACCAAGUACACAGAAUUAAUAAAGGGUUGAGGUACUUUUUGUUCAAA